AUGUCGCCGGAGAGCUUUUCCUUGACGGUGGUGGUUGACGACGGUGAGGUACCGAAAGGGCGGGCCGAGGGGGCCGUGAGGUCGGAGAGUUGGGCCGGGUCCGGGUCGGGAGAAGCCAAAGGGGUGUUUCUAACGUGGCGGGAUCUUAGGGUGACUACUUCGACCGUUAAUGGCAAAUCUACUGCUAUUCUUGCGGGCCUGACGGGUUUCGCCCGGCCCGGCGAAGUUCUUGCAAUCAUGGGCCCAUCGGGUUGCGGGAAGUCUACUUUGCUCGAUGCUCUUGCAGGGAGAUUAGCGUCAAGGAUGAGCCAAUCAGGGACCAUUCUAGCUAACGGUCGAAAGCAAACACUUGCAUAUGGGACGUCGGCAUAUGUUACUCAAGAUGAUGUUCUUAUGACAACCUUAACUGUAAGAGAAGCCUUAUACUAUUCUGCAGAGCUAUUACUUCCUGAUGCAUUAUCCAAGGCUCAGAAGCGAGAGAGAGCAGAUACAGUGAUGUUAGAGAUGGGCUUACAGGAUGCCAUGAACACAAGAAUUGGAGGUCGAAACACGAAAGGCAUAAGCGGCGGGCAAAGAAGACGACUUAGCAUUUGUAUAGAGAUUUUGACUCGACCGAAGCUAUUAUUUCUUGAUGAGCCUACAAGCGGGUUGGAUAGUGCGGCAUCGUACCAUGUGAUGAGCCGAAUAGUGGACCUUGCGCAUCGACAUGGGAGGACUGUCAUUGCUUCUAUUCACCAGCCGAGCUCUGAAGUUUUUCAUUUAUUCGAUAGUUUGUGUCUUUUAUCAUCUGGAGAAACGGUUUAUUUUGGCAACAUUUCAUUGACUAAUGAGUUCUUUGCGUCCAAUGGUUUUCCAUGCCCACAAAUGAAGAACCCUUCUGAUCAUUUUCUUCAAAUAAUCAAUAAAGACUUCAAAGUGGUCAUUGAAGAAGGAAGCGAAAGUCAUCCCACACAGCACACUCCUCAUGCAAUAAACACACUCAUAAAAUCAUAUAAAUCUUCUACCAUUUUCCAACAAGUGGUGGCGCAAGUAAUUCAAAGUAGCAGCAUGGAAGGAGAAAUAGUGAAGAAGGGAAGUCAAGCUGGCUUCAUCACUCAAUGCUCUGUGCUCACAAGGAGAUCAUUUACAAAUAUGUAUAGAGAUCCAGGCUAUUAUUGGCUGAGACUAGCUAUUUAUUUGGCUAUCUGUUUGUGCAUUGGAACCAUCUUUUAUGAUAUUGGCGUUGAUUAUCAAUCAAUUCAGGCCCGAGGCUCAUUGCUCAUGUUCGUAGCUGGAUACCUUACUUUCAUGGCCAUUGGCGGGUUUCCUUCUUUCGUGGAGGAUCUAAAGAUUUUUCAUCGGGAGAGAUUAAAUGGGCAUUGUAGCCCAACCGCAUUCACCAUUGCGAACAUGCUCUCUUCUAUGCCAUUUAUACUCGUAAUAUCUGUCUUCCCGGCUGCAAUUGCGUACUACAUGGUUGGUCUUCAGAGAGACCCGCAACAUUUCAUAUUUUUUGUUCUUGUACUCUACUCAAGCAUGUUGCUUGUCGAGGGUCUCAUGAUGAUAGUUGCAAGCAUUGUCCCCGACUACCUAAUGGGCAUUAUCACCGGUGCUGCCAUACAAGCGAUGAUGGUCCUUGCUUGUGGCUUUUUCCGUCUGCCUGAUGACUUGCCGAAGCCAAUAUGGAAGUAUCCGCUAUACUAUAUUGCAUUUCAUAAAUAUGCAAAUCAAGCAUACUACAAGAAUGAAUUUUUGGGGCUAAGUUUUAGUGGCAUUAGAGGAACAAAUUCUUCACUUUCUGGGGAGGAGGUUUUGAGGGAUUAUUGGCAAAUGGAACUUGGCUAUUCAAAGUGGGUUGAUCUUGCUAUCUUGCUUGGAAUGGUGGUGGCUUAUAGAUUAUUAUUUUGGGUUGCAAUUAAAGUUGGUGAGGAAGUAAAGCCCUUGGUGAAGUAUUUCAUGCUUGGCAAGAGAAGGCAUGUCUUAGAUUUGUCACCCUCAAUUUCAAUUGUGGUGACAAACUCAAAAAUUUAG